ACCUUUCUGAGCACCAUGUCUCACUCCUGCGUGCUGCCCAGCCUCAGCUGCCGCACCAGCUGCUGCUCCCGGCCCUGCGUGGCCCCCAGCUGCCACAGCUGCACCCUGCCCGGGGCCUGCAACAUCCCCGCCAACGUGGGCAACUGUAACUGGUUCUGUGAGGGCUCCUUCAAUGGCAGCGAGAAGGAGACCAUGCAGUUCCUGAAUGACCGCCUGGCCAGCUACCUGGAGAAGGUGCGGCAGCUGGAGCGGGAGAACGCGGAGCUGGAGAGCCGCAUCCAGGAGCGCUGCCAGGAGCAGGAUCCCCUGGUGUGCGCCAACUACCAGUCCUACUUCCGCACCAUCGAGGAGCUCCAGCAGAAGAUUCUGUGUGCCAAGUCUGAGAAUGCCAGACUGGUGAUGAAGAUUGACAAUGCCAAGCUGGCUUCUGAUGACUUCAGAACCAAGUAUGAGACGGAGCUGUCCCUGAGGCAGCUGGUGGAGUCGGACAUUAACAGCCUUCGCAGGAUCCUGGAUGAGCUGACUCUGUGCAGGUCUGACCUGGAGGCCCAGGUGGAGUCCCUGAGGGAGGAGCUGCUCUGCCUCAAGAAGAACCACGAGGAGGAAGUCAACACUCUGCGCUGCCAGCUUGGAGACCGCCUCAAUGUGGAGGUGGAUGCUGCCCCCACCGUGGACCUGAACCAGGUUCUGAAUGAGACCAGGAGUCAAUACGAGGCCCUGGUGGACACCAACCGCAGGGAAGUGGAGGAAUGGUUCACCAGGCAGAGUGAGGAGCUGAAUAAGCAGGUGGUGUCCAGCUCAGAGCAGCUGCAGUCCUGCCAGGCAGAGAUCAUCGAGCUGAGACGCACGGUCAACGCCCUGGAGAUUGAGCUGCAGGCCCAGCACAACCUGAGAAACUCCCUGGAAAACACGCUGACAGAAAGUGAGGCCCGCUACAGCUCCCAGCUGGCCCAGGUGCAGUGCAUGGUGACCAACGUGGAGGCCCAGUUGGCGGAGAUCCGCUGUGACCUGGAGCGGCAGAACCAGGAGUACCAGGUGCUGCUGGACGUGCGUGCCCGGCUGGAGUGUGAGAUCGAGACGUACCGGGGCCUGCUGGAGAGUGAGGAUUGCAAGCUCCCCUGCAACCCAUGUGCCACCACCAAUGCUAGUGGCAACUCCUGUGGACCCUGUGGCAGCUCUCAAAAGUGUUGCUGUAAUUGAACACCCUGUGUUCUCCCUGAAGACAUCAGCAAAGCCAUUUAGGUCAAGCACAGGAAAUAUCCUCAGGUCCGGCCUUUGCUGGAGCUCCGCUGACAUCAAGACACCAUUCAUGCCCCUGGUGGCAUUCCUAGACUCUGAAAUGCCUUUCAGACUCAACAGGCAAAGACCCAUAUCAUCAACUUCCAAUGUCUGGAAAACUUGGCACUGAGGGUUGAGCUUCUUUUUUCCUGAGGAUGUUCAGCUCCCGGUAAUCUAAGCUCCAGUUAUUGGUUUAGGGUGUUUCCUUCACAUACCAUAUCUACUGCUUUCCUUUCUUCUUUGGUAUUCUCUGGAAUGCAAGGAAGUUACU